AUGGUGGUAAACUUUUUGACAACAUGGACUUCGACGGUCGACCCCGGGGACUUGGAAGAGAGCCGAGCUCGUCUCUGCGAGGAGUUUGCCGGCUUGACGGGCACGGAUAGCGGCGUGGCGCAGUGCUACCUUGCGGAGAACGACUGGAACAUGGAGAGAGCGUCGAAUUCCUUCUUCGACGCCGACAUGGAGAAAUUGUUUGAAGAGGAGUGUGCUUCAGAACAGGAGACCCCAACCAAGAAACUAAAAGCGCCUGAAGUAACAAGCAUCGACUUAACUGCAGACAGCCCCGGCUCGUCACGUAAACCCUCUGAGGAAGACGGCGGCUCGGCACUGACGCUGAUCUCCUGGAAUGUGGACGGUCUGGACACGGAGAACCUGGCCGAGCGGGCCCGAGGCUUGUGCUCCUACUUGGCACUAUACACUCCUGACGUGGUGUUCCUGCAGGAGCUCAUUCCGCCCUACGUGGAGUAUUUGAAGAAACGUGCCGUCAGCUACCUGAUCAUUCAAGGAAGUGAAGACGGCUACUUUAACGGCAUGAUGCUGAAGAAGACGCGCGUCAAACUGCUGGAAAGCGAGAUUGUGGCUUACCCGACCACUCAGAUGAUGAGGAACCUGCUCGUGGCUCAGGUCGCUCGACAACUGUGCCUGAUGACGUCGCACCUGGAGAGCUGCAAGGGCCAAUCGGGCAAGCGUAUGACGCAGCUGCACGAGGUGAUGCGGCGGAUGCGUGAGGCGCCCGACGACGUCAGCGUGGUGUUCGCCGGCGACACCAACCUGCGCGACGCCGAGGUGGCGGCGGUGGGCCUGCCCCCCGGCGUGUGCGACGUGUGGGAGGGGCUCGGGAGCCAGGAGCACUGCCGCUACACGUGGGACACCCGCGCCAACUCCAACAAGACCGUCCGGUACGUCAGCCGCUGCCGCUUCGACCGCGUGUACCUGCGGCCGGCCGCCCGCGCGCCCCGCCUGGCGCCCGACCACAUGGCCCUGGUGGGCUUGGAGAAGCUGGACUGCGGGCGCUUCACCAGCGACCACUGGGGGAUCUACUGCAGCUUCACCACCACCGCCGACGUCGCCGUCGAAACAUGACAAAUGCGACGUUGCCUUCCUUUUAGCUACUUUUUCAACACAUUGUCAAAUAAUUAAUAAAUGUAUUAAUAAACGU